UUUUAUUUUUGUUGACUUCAUUGUUGUUCGUACUUCUCGUGACAAUGUUCAUCCCUGACUGGUGUCCGAGAGGCUUCUAACGAAAUAAGACAUUGUGGAAUCAAUCACAACUACGAAGGUGCACUGUCAAACAUGCAGCAUGUCAAACAGUGUUGAUAGAUGUGUCGAACGCGAGGUCUCGUCAAAACAUUGUGAAAACAACCCUGAUCAUUCUUCUGAGAAACCUUUCCAAUGUGGGAUGUGCUUAAAGUGUUUCUCUUACAAGUGUCACAUUAAGCAGCAUAUGAGAAUCCACACUGAUGAAAAACCAUAUCAGUGUGAGGUGUGCAGAAAGUGUUUUCAUCAUAAUAUUUCUUUGAAAUACCAUAUGUCCAUUCACACUAGUGUUAGGUCUUUCAAAUGUGCAGACUGUGGAAAAUAUUUCUAUAACAGUUCUGGGUUAAAGCAACAUAUGUUGGUUCACACUGGUGUUAAGUCUUUUAAUUGUGAGGUAUGUGCAAAAUGUUUCUAUAACAGUUCUGGUUUAAAACGACAUAUGUUGGUUCACACUGGUCUUAAGUCUUUUAAUUGUGAGAUAUGUUCAAAAUGUUUCUCACAGAAUUCUUCCUUGAAAAAUCAUUUGCUGAUCCACAACAGAGUUACGUCUUUUAAAUGUGAAGUAUGUGCAAAAUGUUUCUCACAAAAUUAUCAAUUAAAACGGCAUAUGUUGAUUUAUACUGGUGUCAAACAUUUGAAAUGUGAGGUUUGUGCAAAAUGUUGCCCUUGCGAUUCCAUCUUAAAAAGGCAUAUGUUGGUUCACACUGGCGUGAAGGUUUUUAAAUGUGAGGUAUGUGAAAAAUCUUUCUCACAAAAUUCUCACUUGAAAACACAUAUGUUGGUUCACACUGGCGUGAAGGAUUUUAAAUGUGAUGUGUGUGUAAAAUGCUUCUCACAAAAUUCGCUCUUGAAAAGACAUAUGUUGAUUCACACUGGUGUUAAGCCCUUUAAGUGUGAGAUGUGUGCAAAACGUUUCUCACUAAAUUCUUCCUUGAAAAGACAUUUGUUGAUUCACACUGGCGUUAAGCCUUUUACGUGAGGCAUGUGCAUAAUGCUUGUCUUGGAACUUCUUCUUGAACGGACUUAUACCAGUUCAUACUGGUGUGAAGCCUUUUAGUUGUGGGUUGUGUGAAGUUGUUUUCUGUCAGAACAAAGACUGGUGUGUUAACCUGUUUAGUUGUGGAGUGUGUUAAAAAGCGUUUCUCACAGAAGUCCCACAUGAAACAGAAUAUGUGGAUUCACACUGAUGUCAAAUGUUUCAAAUGUGAGAUUUGUGCAGAACGUUUCAAACUAAGUUGCCACUUGCAACAACAUACGCUAGUUCACAUUGAUGUUAAGUCGUUUAGUUGUGACGUAUUUGAAAAGUAUGUCUAACAGAGGCCACACUUGAAACAUCAUAUAUUCGUUCACACUGGUACCAAGUCUUUCAAAUGUGAGGUUUGUGAAAAUUAUUUCUAAAUAAAAUCGCAUUUGAAACGUCA